CGAAAAGUAGUCGUAGUAGUAAUAGGAAAGGCUGCUGGGGGUCCAUUAGUCUCCGUCGUUUUGCUCCGUCCCACAUCCACUCUCUCGACUCCUUUCACCCGACCUGAAGAGAGAGAAGGGGAGAGAGAGAGAGAGAGAGAGGGAGAAAGUGUGUCCAAUAAGGGCCCCACCAGACCAGACCACCCAGAAUUGCAUAGGAUCCGUCCGUACCCAUGCAGGGUAUCGAUUACAUUUACCCGAUCCACAAGUAGGUCGACGUCAACCUCGACCCGAUCCGGAAUCCAUGGGUCCGUUCUUGAAUUGCAAACACUUUGGCACACUUGUGACCACACCGACUCGACUCUUGCUCCUCAUUUUGGUCCUCCUUCAGCAAGAGGAGAAAGGAACAGCUCAGCAAAUUGGACCAGGUGGAGAAAUAAUCAGCGGUGGUGGUAGUUGGUCGUCAUCAGAUUGUCCUUUCGGAAUGUAUGGAAUGCCACGAGGAGGGAAUGAGGAGGAAGCCUGCGUAUGUUUGAGGCAAGGUUUGUGGGCCGUGAUGACGGACUAUUGCACAGUUCCGGUCGAGAUGCACGGCGUGGGGGGAGUGGGCAGGAGGGUGUGCGUUCUGAAGGAGGGGAAGGGAAGGAGGAAUACUAGCUCGGGUGGGGGGCAGAUUCAACAACUCUCCAAACUUUUGACGUUAGCCGGUCCACCCGAAGCGGUCCAACUUUCGUCCUCCAUGCACAAAUUGAUCGAACGCUUCGACCCACAUCCUAGCGUCAUUCUUCCCGACGACGUUUACCCAAUGCGUCCACGCUCGUCACAUUUGGAGCUUCCGCAUGGAUCUGGACGACACCCGUGUACACGAAAUUCUGCCUCCUCCACACCACCCCCUCGCCUACAACGCAUUACUGCACCUUCCAACCCGUCCAACAUCCAGCCGGAUCUUUUCUCAUCUUGUCUCACCUGACUCCUGCCCCCGCGACGGGAUGCGACCCCGGAAUGCCCGUCCUCCGCCCCACGAGCUGCGUCGCUCUCACCACCAAAGACCAAACUUGUGACCAAGCCGUCAAAAAGGGGAGGAAGUCGUCGUCCACGCCAAAGUUGAGAAACUCCUCACCGAGACGGCGGACGAGGACGAUAUCUUCUCCGUCGACAAUUUGUUCAGCAUGUACAAAUUCUUGACGGAGGAUGACGGCGGGGGAGAUAAUUCUGUGGUGGUGAAGAGGGCGGAUGGUGGUGGUGGUGGUGGUGGCGAUGGUGGAGGGGAUAACAGCACCAAAACUGCUACCAGAGAAAUAGAUGGUCAUGCUUCGAACAACAAUUCGUCGAAAUUACUUUUGCUGUUUGAUGAGAAUGAGGACAACGUAAAGUCAGCCCUGGACGAGAUCGGGCACAAACUAAUGAGGGAGCAAAUUGACCAAUACGUCGAUUUAGUAGUAGCCCAAUUGACUGGAAUGUUUGAUCCUGGCGCAGCCUCUCCACAAACGCCCAAGGAUCGCUAUCCAGUGCUCAAGAUUCUGGAUAGGAUAAGACUCAUUAUGCAGAAAACGUGUAGCCCCGUGAAAGCAGAAUUUUUUGAGCUCGCAUUAAACUCCUUUCUGAAAGUGCAGCUAGAAAGUUUUCACGUAAAAGAGCCCUACAUCAGCCACGCUGUCUUUGUCAGGAUUGAGUAUGCAUUAAAGAACUGCUUGGCUGCGGCGAAGGCGCAUGUAUUUGGACAGGAUACGAAUUCUACGUCAACUUGUGAUGCUGGGGGUCGGAAUGAUAAAACAAGUAAAAUGUUAGAUGUUCACGGCGAUGGGAAAGAGAUCGUCAAGCUGCCGGAAACACCACCCUACGCGGUAGGGGUACUGGACUCUGGCGCUAUUAGGGAGCCCUUAAUUGAAACCGUUUGGAAAAUGUUGAUUAAUGCUCACUCGUACUGUUACCCAUACUUCAAAGCGUACUUCAAUGAUCACCACGCCCUCACCGUGACCCUGUUACCACUUUUCAAUAAUGCGAUUCAAGAUCUGUGGUUGAAGGAAGGCGGAUAUGAUGUCGACCACCAUCGCCUCUAUGGAGGCAUGUUGGGCGACGUGAAGCGCGUUUUGGAAGAUGUCGACAACUGUGUUUCCGCAUCUCGUCAAAUCUCCCAAUACCCGUGGUACAUGUCUCGCCCGAUGCGAGAUUCUGGAAACAAGUGGAAAAGAAAACGUCGCCGUCGUCGAGACGCUGUCGACACUGGCCUUACAACUCGCUCAAAAUACUUUGCUCCCUCCCCCGUCUGGAUAAAUGAUGGCCACACGCUCUGCCUUUUCGACCCGGACGACCCCGUCGCCUUCUUGGGGAAACCAAUCUGCACCUGAAUUAAACACACACGAUUGUAGGAAAGUACAAACCGCUCAUUACAAACCCCGCAUUACAAACCGCUCCUUUCAAGCCCGGCUCCUUACAAACCGCUUAUUACAAACCCGCUCAAUAUAAACCCUACUCAUUACAAACCCUGGACACUAUAAACCCGAAAAGGUAAUUGGUGAGUUGUAAAAUAAUCAAAUAUUUAAAAAAUGUUUUUACAAAUCUGAUUGAAUGAAUUAAUUUUUAUAUAAAACAUGAAAUUUUGCGCAAACUUUUUAUCUCCGAACGCAAACUACAUUAGCAGUGAGGGAGAAGGACAGAAAUUUAUUUGUGCCUAAUUUCUGACUUGUAAAAAAUGAUCAAUUUUUUAGUGCCCCAAGCUGUUUGCUUCAAAUUUCCUAUAAAAAUCACUUCAAUUCAUUCACAAGAUGGAUGACUAGUAUGUCCCAAAAAUAUAAAACAAUGGAAGUACACUCUUAGGAAACUGAGAUUAAAUCAUUACUGGCCGAAGUACAUACAUACAUAGACCGGUAUGGUAUAGUAAUAACGAACGUUACCGUUUGGAAAUUUUAACAUUCAGAAACAGACUAUCACCAGCCACAGUAAAUUACUACCAAUCCAGUAUGGAAGAUAAACGUACAUAGACUGUAAAACAUAUGGUAGCGUCAUACACGUACUUCGGCCAGUGAUGAGCCUAUAUGUGAAUAUCCAGGAUUUUUUACAGUAGUUAUAUAUUUUUAGCCCGAGUCAGGGCUUAUGGAACCGUCAUGUCCGUCCGUCUGUCUGUCUGUCCGUCUGUCUGUCCGGCACGAUAGAGCCAAAACGGCUGAACCGAUUGACUUGAA